AUGAAUGAAUUGAACACACUGGCUGGAUUAGUUUUUCAUUCCAACUCGGAAUGCAUCAAGAAUGAAUGUUAUCACUCAUCACAAAUACAAUUUCCUUCCGAUGGAGCUUCCGUCAUUUACAACAAUAAUUUUGGAUUUCAAAUCAUGCUCGCUUCUUGGCACGAUUAUUUGUGGAGCAAGUUCAUCACAGAAAGAAUUAACUUUUUAAAUGAAAACGUGUUACUACCAUUGAGAAACAAUCAUAACACGAAUGAAAAUAACAAUCAUGAAGAGGAUACCUUUGUAUUAACAAUUCCACAAAACAAUUUUCGACGUGAGUUUUUGAAACAAAUUUGGAAUCGUGUGGAACAAUUGCAGAAUCGAAUUUUUAGAGAAAGAGAAGAAAGAAAAAGGUAUUUUGAGUCACUUGUCAAACAAAUUGAAACUGAAGCUGCCCAACAUACACCUACCAAGCUUGAUUUAAAUUCACUACCUGAUAUUCGAUCAGAUGAUUCUCAUAUUCACACUCCAAAAGUUGCAUUCUCAAUCCAAAAACAACGAGAAUUAAGAGAACACGUUCUCACAGAACACAAUAUCAAUCACGUCAACAUUCAAAGCUCGUCAUUACAUGAUGCACUUAAAGAUCAUCACAGCCUAAAAUGGUUGAUUGUGGGUCAAAGUGGUAUUGGAAAAACAUGUUUAAUGUUUAUGACUAGUCGUAACUUAUAUCCUGAUUGGAGUCCAUCCAUUGUUGAUGCAUUCGUCUGCGAUGACAUUGUAGUUCCUUUUUUCAAUGAGAAAUUAGAAAAAACAUGUGAAAAAACAUUUGCAAUGGGAUACUGGGACACUUGUGAAAGGGAAGAACAGCACAAAAUAUUAAAUCGGUUGAGCUAUCCAAGUACUGAUAUCGUGACCCUGGCAUUUAGUUUGGACAAUUGGAAGUCUCUGAAAUAUUUAGCUGAACGCAUGGUUUGGGAUAUUCACGCUUUCAUUCCAAGCGCCACCAUCAUGGUGUUAGGUUUGAAGAAAGAUUUGAGAAAAAUUCAAAUGUGGAAAUCGUUAUUGCUUUCCAAUGUUGAAGAGCCAAUAUCCUUUGAAGAGGGGCUUGAAUUUUCCAAAGUAAUUGGAGCUGUUGCUUAUUUAGAAGCCAGUGCCAAAGAAAAUAUUGGAUUGGAAAGAUGGAAUCAAAAGCUGACAAUUUUGAGACUCGUGGAUCUUGUAAAUAAGCAUGAAAACGCAUCACAUACUCAAGGUACAAAGACCAAGUCAAAGAAAUCUUGUGAUGUGCAGUAG